GGCUUCGCCUUCCUGCGGCUGAUGAAGGGCAAGAAGGGCACGGUCGCCGACUUGGCCGAGCAGGUGGGCUUCGCCGCCCGCGCCGCCAAGAAGGGCAAGACGCGCAAAGCGGCGGCCCCCGUGGGGGCCGCGAAGGCGGCAGCCCCCAAGCAGGUCGCGAAGGCCGCGAGAACCGUUGACGCGUCGCGGUGGACGGAGCUUCUCACGAAAGUCCGCAUCGUGAACGCGGCCUCGCCCAAGCGGCCGCACAUCGUCGGCAGCAGCAAGUCUAGCCCCAAGAAGAUGCGCCCGGUCACGGAG